UUUGCCCAACUCCGUAGAGAAGGAUUGUGCGCUGGUUACAUUCAUGACUUGAAGACUCAUCCUGAAAACAGAAAUGCACUUUGAAAGCCUCGUCUGCAGCAGCAGGGCCGCGUGCCCUGUUCAUGAAGCACACUAACCCACAGCCAUCUUCGGGCCGGCUUGAUGGUGGUGGCACCCCGCCUGCCUUUCAAUUCACCUCAACCUCCACUGGCAACACCCUUGUUUUUCCAGUUUGGAACUUGCUAAAGUUAAAAAAAAAAGUGUCUACUGACCUGAAGUCUUAAUAGAAGCAGUUGCUGUGGGCGUACCCUACAGAAAUCCUCAAGACUUUACUGGUGAAAACCCAGCAAAUUCUCUGUCAUAAAGAGCUUUAAGAACUCAGCUAAGACAUAAAAGAGGAAAACACCAGCCGCCACUCUGCAGGUUGAAUUAACUACCACCUACUGGAUACAUUCUCAUCCUUCAGAAUCAGCAGAGUGACCAGCUGCCUGUUGGGGUAUAAAAACCUAUAGAACCAGACACGGACAUGGUUUCGAUAUUUUAUUUUAGCUACCAUUCUAUUGGGAGCUAAAGAAUGAGUCCCUGUGAGGCUGAUUUUUGAAUGGAUGACAGUAAUAUAAAGGUAUCGAAGAAGAAACGCAGCCAUGACAACCUCACCUUCGCAGCUGGGAACGACAGCCUAUGCACCAGAGAUUACAAGAUCACCCAGGUCCUCUUCCCACUCCUCUACACUGUCCUGUUUUCUGGGACUCAUCCAAAUAGCCUGGCAAUGAGGAUUUUCUUUCAAAUCCGCAGUAAAUCCCAACUCAUUAUUUUCUUAAGAACACCAGUCAUUUCCGAUCUUCUCAUGAUUCGGACUUUUCCCUUCAAAAUCCUCAGCGAUGCCACUGGAACAGGACCACUGAGGACUUUUGUGUGCCAGGUGACCUCCGUCGUAUUUACUUCACAAUUGUACAUCAGUAUUUCAUUCCUAGGCCUGAUAACAAUUGAUCGCUACCAGAAGACCCAGGCCAUUCAAACAUCCAGCCCCAAAAAUCUCUUGGGGGCUAAGAUUCUCUCUGUUGUCAUCUGGGCAUUCAUGUUCUUGCUCUCUUUGCCUAACAUGAUUCUAACCAACAAAAGGCCAAGAGACAAGAAUGUGAAAAAAUGUUCUUUCUUCAAAUCAGAGUUUGGUUUGGUCUGGCAUGAAAUAGUCAACUAUAUCUGUCAAGUUAUUUUCUGGAUUAAUUUUUUAAUUGUUAUUGUAUGUUAUACACUCAUUAAAGAACUAUACAGGUCCUAUGUAAGAACAAGGGGUGCAGGCAAAGUCCCCAAGAAAAAGGUGAACAUCAAAGUUUCAUUAUCAUUGCUGUUAUUUUUUAUUUGUUUCGUUCCCUUCCACUUUGCCCGGAUCCCCUACACCCUCACAACACGGGACGUCUUUGACUGCUCUGCUGAGAAAACCCUGUUCUACGUGAAAGAGAGCACUCUCUGGUUAACUUCCUUGAAUGCAUGCCUAGAUCCAUUCAUCUAUUUUUUCCUUGCAAGGUCCUUCAGUUCCUUGAUGAGUAUGCUGAAGUGCCCCAAUUCUGUAUCUGCUCCACAUGAAAACAGAAAAAAGGACAAGAUGUGGGGACCAAGUGAAGAGACUCCAAUGUAAACAAUGGAGGUAAUAGUUCAAUCUAGUAGUGUUUGGGAACUCCCACCAGGUGGAAAACACUAUGUAAAAAUAUUAAUGCUGACUAAGAAGUAGCUGAGUU